AUCGGUUUAUUCGUGGAUUCACGGGACUUGAUUGGGUUCAUCAGGGCCACAAAUCCCAAACAUCAACAUUUCCAAGAACUUGGUCGAAAUUCUGUUGAAGACGACUAUCUUUAGAAGGCCCAUGGUGCAAAGCCGUCUCGAACCAGGCUUUGCCUUAGCCACUAGUGUAGCUUGCGAGAGAAACACCUUGAGCUUUGGGGUCAAGAGACUUUGAUCCACAAGACGAUGAGGUCUCCCGAGCAUAUCCACAACUCCACAAUCACAACUUCGGUAUCGAUAAGAGUAACACCUGUUGACGACUUUUUGGUGUCGUGGAGUGUCCUGUGGGGCUGUUUUGUUCUGACGUCUAUUGUGGCUGCAUAUCAAGUUUGGGCGGAUCACAAGAUAACAUCCAAUCGGCAAGAUGACAUUGAAAAUGGCCGCGGAGGAAUGAGCGGGGACGAAGGAGUCAGCACUGCAGAUGUGACAAGAUCCAUGUUCCGAAGGUGGCUCUUUCUGGCAAUGCUAGCUAGAGUCAUCCUGAUGCCGGUUCAAAUAUGGGCAAAUCCUCUUGUGUGGCAAUUUGUGUCAGACACACUCCCGGAAAUGAUCUUUGCCUCGGCUUGGACUUUGUUGGUGAGCUUCUUUGUUCAGCUGGUCGGGGUAGCAUCUGGAAGCGGAACCAGUACAAGCCCUGGCACUGUCAUCCAGAUCACAGCCUACAUUGUUUAUCUCUUGCUGGUUGGCCUUUUCUUUGUCAACAACGUGGCAUCGGUGCUUCUGUAUGCCCUCUUGUGCUGCAUUUAUGCUGCACUCUUUGGAACCUGCGUUUACUUUUGUCCGCGACUAUUGAUACUGCUGAAACCCAGCUUGCAGCGGUACUCGGGAUUGGCAAUCCGGCUAGCUAUCUGCAGUUUCCUUUGCGUUGCGGUGUUUGUUUCCCAUACAAUCGGUUAUGCGGUGAACAUUGUGGCGCCCCCACGAAAGGUUUACUGGUGGUGGAACUAUGGCGCUUUAGAGUUGAUACCAUCUGCCCUUUUCCUGCUCUUGAUGCACCCCAAUCCAGGAGCACGAGCAUCAAGCGCCUCGACGCAACAACCAUCCAACAAUGGAAACAAGGCCACAACCACUAGCGGCGCAGGUUUUCGACGAAUACCCUCAUCUGCAGGGUCUGCUCGGAGAUCCGGGGAGACGACGCCACUGUAUUCUCAAUCUCCUGCCUACGGGAGUGCAGUCGCUGACGCAGCAUCAUGAGCUUUCCUUUCUGCUACUGCCACAGCGCUGUUUUCGAUAACGGUGCAAGGGCUUCGCGGGCAGAGUGACCGGCAUCAUCAACUGCUCGUGUUGCCUGGGUCGACAUCAAGAAUGUUCAAAGCCAUGAAUCAAUCGAAUCUUUUAGGGAUCUAUUUGCUAUUUAUACAAGAUUGUACAAACGUUGCCAUGAGUAUCUAGCCACUGCAGCAAGCGAAGAAGGAGCAGAACUUUAUGAGGUGCUUGUACACCUUUCACGUGAAUAGUUGCAGCGUUGCAGCGGUAAUUGAUUGAAUCAUUCUGCUUCACUAUCGUACCCAACCCUGGCCAUGCAAUCUCCUACAUGGUGGCUCGCUAGUAGUAGGAACAGCUCGUGGCCUGCUCGAGCAGCCAUGCUGCAAGGCUACUAGCUAAUAGAGGUGGAUGCAUUCAGAUGCAGCCCAAACGUUCUCGGUGAUGUCGCUAACCCGAGUUCUGAAAUACGAACGUUUUACACCGGGUCAAGUCGAAACAUUGAGUGCCUAGCCAUGACAAUCUUUUUUUGCUUUUUCUAGCUAGGCAUACAUUUUCUAUAUGAUUCAAUCAACAAAGAUUUUGCUAAUUUCUCCCUGCCAGCCAUUUAGCCGACGGGUUUCGUUUAGAUUACAAUUUCGCAUAGCUUGAUCAGCUGUUGUGCUGUGUACCAGCAGUAUGAAGCUGGCUAGAUGGUUGCUAGCGGUACAGUAGCUCUUGACCAUGACUGGUACAGUCGUACCGUACGGUACCAAUUACUACGGUAACGGUACGGGACCGGGCGGUCCCGAGACAACCAAAGCGAAACAAUGGAAUUUCCAGCUCAACUGUCUUUUACUGUCAGUAAACUGCCCUCUUCUGUUUUUGAAGAUUCUGGGUGACAUCAGCU